CGGCUCUGGUUGGGCGUUAGUCUUCAGGCGAAUUAGCGAAUCCUACUAUGUUGUAAGCUUGGCUUAUUAAUAUAAAUUAGGCUACGUGACUAGACGCCACAAGAGGUAAUCAACCAACGUCAGAAUGUGUAAUUAAUAUUCAUGAGGCAAAAACGUCGCCAUAGUAUGACUCGUAAUUUGGAAGGCAAGCUAACUGCUUCAUAUUUCAUUCUUUUAUCGCAAGAAAAGGUUCUCAUUUAGGCCAUGGCUUUAUUUGAUUUUAAUUCGGCGUCAAAGAUGGGUUCGUCUCCGUUAGUAAUAUUACGUUUUAUUCUCAUCUGCGUCACUUUGCAUUGUAACAAUGCUAGAAUGAAUCCCAGACCGAAUAUAGUUUUAAUCCUGACUGAUGAUCUAGAUGUCUCUAUUGGCGGAAUGAUGCCUUUAGUGAAGACUAAAAAGCUGAUAGGUGAUGCUGGGAUAACCUUUACAAACACGUUUGUCGCCAGUCCCCUUUGCUGUCCCAGCCGGGCGAGCAUCCUGACGGGCAAAUAUCCUCACAACCAUCAUGUGGUCAACAACACACUGGAGGGCAAUUGCAGCAGCACUGCAUGGCAGAAGACCCAAGAGCCGGAAACUUUCCCUGCUUUCCUUCAGAAACACGGCACAUAUCAGACUUUCUUUGCUGGGAAGUAUCUUAAUGAGUACGGCAGUAAAAAAGCAGGAGGUGUGGAGCAUGUUCCUCUGGGAUGGGAUCACUGGUUCGCCUUGGAGAGAAACUCCAAAUACUACAACUACACACUGUCAGUGAACGGCAGGGCGCAGCGGCACGGACAGAUCUACAGCGAGGAUUACCUUACAGAUGUUCUGGCCAAUAUUUCCAUUGACUUCCUGGAAAGCAAAUCUAACCGCAGGCCUUUCUUCAUGAUGGUGUCCACACCGGCCCCGCACUCGCCCUGGACGGCCGCUCCUCAGUACGACAGCAGUUUCCCCAACGUUAAGGCACCAAGAGACCCUAACUUUAACAUACACGGGAAGGACAAGCACUGGCUCAUCAGACAAGCAAAAACACCCAUGACAAACUCCUCAGUGGAGUUCUUGGAUGACGCUUAUAGAAAACGGUGGCGCACUUUAUUAUCAGUAGAUGACCUGGUGGAGAAGGUGGUGGGAAAGUUGGACGUCAGUGGAGAGCUUAGCGACACCUUCAUUAUUUUUACCUCCGACAAUGGGUACCACACAGGCCAGUUUUCUCUUCCGAUGGACAAGAGGCAACUCUAUGAAUUUGAUAUCAGAGUUCCUCUUCUGGUGCGAGGGCCUAAUAUCAAACCCAACCAGACAAGCCCGUUUCUUAUAGCAAAUGUGGAUUUGGGUCCAACAAUUCUGGACAUCGCAGGAUAUAACGUCAAUGAAACUCAGAUGGACGGGAUGUCAUUUCUUCAUAUCAUGGCUGGGAAAGGAAACCGCAGCACGUGGAGAUCUGAUGUACUGGUGGAAUAUGAGGGAGAGGGAAGCAACAUCUCAGACCCAGCCUGCCCUCUGCUGGGCCCCGGGGUCUCGGAGUGCUUUCCUGACUGUGUGUGUGAAGACUCGUACAAUAACACGUACGCCUGUGUUCGUACAGUGUCACAGGCCGCCAACUUACAGUACUGUGAAUUCGACGAUAACCAGGUGUUUGUGGAGGUCUAUAACCUGACAGCAGACCCGUUUCAGCUGAGUAACAUCGCCAGGAGCAUCGAUCAGGAAGUCCUGGAGAAGAUGAACCACCGUCUCAUGAUGCUGCAGUCGUGCUCGGGACAGUCCUGCAGAACGCCAGGCGUCUACGACUCCCAGUUUAGGUUUGAUCCUCAGUUAAUGUUCAGCAGCCUUGUGCCACACAGAAACAAGCGACGACAGACGCUGACGUAGACGUGGAGAGAUUGACAGGAAGAAGACUAAUGGAGGGAAAGAAUAAAGGACACUGAAAAACAAGCCCUGUUGUUGCCUUUAUAUCCUGACGUUACCCCAAAGACGCCCAGUCCCUCCUCCUCUGAUGAGGUCAUCAGGGUGCGCCCGGGGUACCAGACACACCACAGACGGGGCGACCUUCAUCCCCUCCAGCUCUCAUUCUCAUCGGAUCCUCACAAACUGCCAGCUGACACACAUCAUGAUCUGUUUGCUGCUUUAACAAUAACACAAAUAAUUGUGUUUCUUUUAAUUUGAUUCAUUUUGAAGAUUUCCUUUUACUUUUUCUUUAAGCACAUACACCAUUUUGAACUUUAAGCUCGAAUUUUGUAAUGCACUUAAAUUGCCAGAUGUGUCUGAAACAUUGCUCUCCACAUAUCUGGUUAUAAAAAUAUUUACAACUGCACUAAGCCUGCCUUUUAUGAUAUACAUCUAUAUCGGAAGCUUGUUUUUGGAUACGGGUUAAAUAAUAAAAAAGGUAAUUGCAACUUUC